AUGGGUAAGUUUAUUGUUGAUACAUAUAAUAUUCUCAUCGAUUUAUUCUAUAGUUAUCCUUCUUCAUUUAUGGAAAAGACAUUACGAAAAUUCUUCUCUGACUACAUAUCAUCACGAUCAUUUCUCCCAUUUCUUGACAAUGAAGCUCAAUUCAUACAAAUGCGUAUUACAUUAUCUGGACAACAAUCUCAAGUCGAAAUGAGAAUUGCAACACUUACUACCGAUAACGAGCAUUUAAUUGAAGAAUCGGAUAAAAAACAAGAACUCACCAUCCAAGAGAAUAAGAAACCAAACGAAUUUCAAAAUAAACUUAUAAUUCAUUAUACACAUGAGAAACGCUUCAAUACACGUAAGUGCGACCUGCAUCGUAUCUUUCAAGAAACAUUCGCAAACACUCCAAUAAUCGAAACGAAACUGAUCGUUGGGAACAAAAAUCAGAAAAGCAAAAUGAAAGAACUGAUUCGAAAACGUCCGAGACAGACAAUAUUAAAAAACAAAGCUAAAGCAAGUAUGGUGAAUAAAACAGAAAAAAACAGUAUUUGA